AUGGUCCAUGCCAGGCCAAAUGGUCAAAAGGGAAAUCGAAAGAGAAAUAUGGGAGAGAGAGAAAGGUGUGUGACAGGACGAUGCGUGACCUCGCGUGACCUCGCUCUUUUAGACGCGAACGUCAGGGUCGACCACAAAAUGCAGGGUUUGUGGGCUGGUGCGACUAGUAUGGCAAGGAGGAGGUUGUGGGCAAAAAGCUACAAUGUGGGCCUGAAGAGAGCAAGCGCGGUCCGUCAAUACGCGUCUAACCCCAAAUCACCUAUGGGUAAUUGGUAUUCCACCAUACUUCCGUCAAUGUUUCCAAUUGCUCUCUUAGCGUCUGCCGUAUAUACUGGCCUCCUCUUUGCCCAGCUUUCAUUGUCCCAUGAAAAGACGAUGGAAGAGCAAGCAGCGCGUCUCAAACAACUUGAAGCCGAGGUCGACAUGCUCGCAAAGAAUGCCAGUAAAAAUUAG